UGUAGCUCUUCAGUGAACGACGUUACGGUUGUUCCCAUAAAAAGGACGGAGCUGUAUUUUAUCUAUAAAAAGGACAUUUUUGACACUUUUUCAAAAUGUCUACCAGUUCAGAUUCUCCAAUAAACUAUGAAGAUAAAUUUCCCCAUCCCUUUUCUGCUGAGGACAAGGAAUACCAGGAAUACCUCCAGCGUCCCACAGACCCUCCCCCUAUUGCUGAAGAGUGGAGAGGCAGAGGAGGUGGCCACCAGAGGGGCAGAGAUCACCGGUCACAUGACUACAGGCCAUACAGAGGGAGAGACGGUGGGAGGAACUGGUCAAACGAUAAUCGAUACAACCAGCCGUGGCAGGACAGGAGUUGGGGUCACAAUCGCCAACACUAUCAGCAACAAGGACAGUCUAGUUCUUAUGGACACCAAGGAUAUAGUUCAUACAAUCAAAGACCUUCCAGCAACCGUUAUUAAAGACGCUUUGCACCUGCCACAUUACAUGCUGUCACACAUCCCAGGUAGUCGUUCUUCUUUUGUGUUAAGUGAAAGAUUCUUUUUUACUGUCUGUGCUUUUGUGCAUUGCAGAGAUUUAGCUUAUUUUUGACUGAAGGCUAUGUUUUAACCUUUUAAGUUUUUUGCAGUAUUGUUACAGUAGAGAUACAUUUGGCUUCAUAGAGGAGCUGUAGUGGGAGGAAAAGGUUGCCUGACUAGAUGUUUUGCUGAAAGGGUGGAGUGGGGAGGGAUCAGGUCAAAAGCCCUAUGCUCAGUUACUGGUUUUCCUUGUUUUUUUUAAGUCAGGUUUUUCCAGCUAAGACUUUGGUUCAAAUUCUGAGACCUUAAUUAUUUUGCUCUGCAGCAAUAAAGUAAAUCUCUUCUUUUUGUCUUCCUAGCUAAAAGUAUGAUUUGCAUAAUUGUAAGGCUUUUAUUUUUAUUUUUUAUUUUUUUUCCUCCCAAUAGAUUGAUAUCCAUAAGUAAUUAAUUUUGGACUAUAUUUUCCAAGAGUUUUUCCUCCAUUCUUUUGAAAAGAGAAAAAAAUCAAGUUAGUGUUACAAAAAAUGGAACUUUAAACCGAUUACUUGAUUGUUUUGGGUUUAAUUUUGUAAAAUAAACAGGUGUUUUACCUCUUAAAAAAAAAAAAAAAAAAAAAAAAAAAAAAAAUGGUUAAACGGUUUGAAAAUAUGGCCUAUUGUGUAUUGAAAAUGUACAAAAUGGGAAAUUUUUCAUUAAGUUGUGGACAAGUGUGUUUGUAAAUGGUUUUGUUUUUCUUCAGGACGAAAUCUGGAAUUAUGUUUAGUACUUUUUUGUAUGCUGUUCACAUUGUAUAGCAUUAUGUGAUUAUUAAAAUGCAUUUAACAUGUAUAUGUAAACAUUAAGACACUGUCAGGAAUGGCAAUUUUAAUGAAACAUUAAAUAUUUGAAAAAUUACUGGCUGUAGAAAUAUGUUAAGCAUUCAAAUUGAAAAAAAUUACAUCACUUAAGAAAUUAAGUUGCAUUUAAAUUCUAGCAUUAAUGUAAAAUAGAACUGUAUGUAGAGAAUGGUGAAUAUAUCUACACCAGCAUGCUCCGUUUUUUGAUUAAGUGAAAUAGAACUUGAAAGUAACAAGCAGGGUAAGUUCCAGUACUCGUUUUGUGUCUGUGUUGUUUGUUGCAGUUCUGUAACAUUCAUAUUUUUAAUUAACUGUUUAGAACUUUUAGAAAUAAUGGUGCAAAUUACAUUUUGGUAUAAAGACCUUGACAAAUCUGACUCAUAAUGUAGAAAAAUGAGAAAAUAAAUUAUACAGUGCAUGCUCAGUACACAGGCUUUGUCUUAGUAACCAGCUUCCAUUGUGUAACUGCAUUGUCUGUGCCUCCAACCAUUACCAAAUGCUCUCCAUCACUCAAAUCUGAUGUGUGCCUGUCCUUUCUUUCGUUUUGCCCUGUUCAUAGUUAGUUAACUGAAUAUCAUUCCUCUCAUCUUCCAAGGCACUUGCUUGUUGAUUGACAUUUAAAUGUGAAUGACUGAGGUGUGACAUUGACUCACAGCUGAAUCAAGCUUUGCAACUUUCUGCAGUGGUAUUGUACUGAGACAUUCGUUCAUCUAAACACUCUCAAAUCUGCAGAUCAACAUCCCUGGAGUUAUCGCAGGGGUUUUACAACACAAAAAGUCAUCCUCAUAUGAAUAUGAAGGGCUUUGAGAAGUUAGCAAAACAAUAUCACCUUGUGAUCUUAGCCGUAUGUUCACAGUAAUGUUUCUGGGUCUUGUGCAGUGUUGUAAACGCAUAAUAAAGUGCACCAGCUCACCAGCCUUGUUGGGAAGAUUAUUACGAUAAUCAAUUCCACAGUAACUAUGUGCAGAGAGAUAGGGCUGCAACGCUAUUUUGCAGUGGCUAAAUACUGUAAGCAGAUACUGGAAGAUUACUGUGAAUCCAGUAUGCACAUGCAGUGUGUGUUUUUUUUUUGUUUUUUUUGCAUUUUUCAGUAGGCAGGAGGAUAUUCUAUAAUUAAUCAGCAUUGGUUAUCUGAAAGGGGUUUACUGUGUGCAUUAACCAUGCAUGUAAUCAUAUACAAUAUAUUAGACAAAAUACAGGCAUAUGUAUAUUUCCAUUUCAAUGUUCACUGUGGCAGAAUAAAGUAAUAAGGAAUAGAUUGAGU